GCUUUCCUGUGAGUCAGGAACCAGAUAUAUAAAGCUCUUCCUUCUCCCUCCGCUCAGACACCCCCCUUGCGAAGAGGACAAAGAGGAUGUCUUCAGCCACAGGUGGGGAUCACGAUGGGAAAGCGCCAUAAGCGGAAAUGAAACCUGAGCAAAUGAGGGUGAUUCACUGAAUCCUUGGAAAUGGCUCCAGUCAAAAUCAAAUACGUUGUGUCUUUCACAUUUCAGGAUCCCAAGUCCCCGGUGGAGAACCUGCUGCUUGAAGAAGGGGUUCGGCCCUGGCUCAGCUCUCCCCAGGACCGGAGCAGGCAACUGAAAGCAGAGCUGCAGUUGGAACACGCAAGCCGCAUUGGCUACAUUGAUGUGGGGAACUGUGGCUCUGCCUUCCUUCAGAUAGACGUGGGGCGAUCCUCCUGGCCUCUAGACCAGAGCUACCUCACUCUCUUGCCCACCACAGCCUUGAUGAUGCCCGCCGAUGCAAAGCUGGAUAAGAAUCGUUCUGCGGUCCGGAUGUUUAAAGAAGGAGACUUCCUGGCUUCUGCUCUAGGCGAGAAGUGGGACCGUGUCAGACUCACUUGUAGCCAGCCCUUCAAUAAGCGCACGCAGUUCGGUCUCUCCUUCAUCCGAAUCCGCACUCCACAGGACGUAGACGACAGCAAGUCAGGCUCAGUCUCUGUUACUAGUCAGGCUCCUUCCGAGUCCAGCAGCAGCCCAUGGCUCUCCAAUGCAGCCUUCUGCAGGACUUUCUUCCCAGAGGCGCCAUCGAGCACUGAGCAGGAAGUGGCGCUAAAAAGCCGGCUGCAGCAGCUGGACCCAGCCUCCAGCCCUGGUGCCUGUAUGAGCCGUCCGGCCAGGAUGGUGCUGCAGGGGGCCUGUGCCCGCAAAAGAGCCUUCCCCCUGGUGCCUGGCCCCAGCCCUCCUUCUGCAGAGAGCAAAGAGGACGGGCAGAGCCAGCAGGAAGCUCAGGAGCCAGUUGCGUCGCGGCCUAAGCAGGAAUCGUCUGCCAGAAGAGGAGGCACGAAAAUGAGUCGAAGACGGGCAUCAUGCAGCAACCUGACGAGGUCUGCAGCAGCUUCUUCUGUCAAGCGUAGGGGUAAUUCUCGAAGGGAGAGAAGAGCCCCAGGCCAGCAGGGAAGACUGAGGAACAUGGAACGUGAAGAGGAGGAAGAGGAAGAGGAAGAGAGACGGCCUAGAAAGAGAGAGGUGGAGUUGGGUGUGUGCCCCAUCUGUGCGGGCCAUUUCCCCACCAGUCUCUUACCAGCUCAUGCCUCCAGCUGUGGAGAAGAGGAUUUUGAAGCGAGAUCUUCCUCCUCAUCUCCAUCGUCGUGGGAAGAGCUUGUCGCAGACUGCGUCCACUGCCCCAUCUGCCAGUUCAGUUUCCCCGCUGCUGAGAUAGAGAGACACGCUAGCAACUGCGGGGAGCCGACUGAGCCCUGGUGAAUGGACCCUCCUGGCUUUGGGCAGAACAGGGCGAGUAGAUUGG